AGUUUGUUCCAUUAUUUCCGAUUACAGUAUUAUUUUUGUUUGCAGGGAUAAACAUUCAGCUCCCAGAUAAACAAUCCUGUAUAUACUCUCGGACGCCCACCUUUAAAACCCCCACCCACCCAUCCAUCCAUAAUUGCAUUCACAGGCUAGCGCACACAACAGUGAGACUACAACCCACAGCACUCACCACCGUGGUCGCCAUCCGCUGCGCGUCUCGGGCUCCCAGCGUGCGUGUCUGAUCUCUGAUCUGAUGGCGGCACAAGCAGAGGAUUCCUCCGGCGGCGACAAGUACCGGUCUCACCUGGCCGGCGAGGGCGAGAAGAACACCGUGUGGCGGCACGGCGCGCCGCCCACGUACGACGCCGUGAACAGCCUCUUCGAGGCCGGGAGGACCCAGGAGUGGCCGGAGGGGUCGCUGGAGGAGACGGUGCAGAACGCGAUCAAGACGUGGGAGAUGGAGCUGUCGCACAAGGCCCGCAUCGAGGACUUCAAGUCGGUGAGCCCCGGCCGGUUCACCCUGUCGGUGAACGGCGGGCGGGCGCUGACGGGGGAGGAGACGCUGGCCAUGGGCAGCUACAACGCGCUGCUCGCGAGCCCGAUCCUGCGGGGCGCCGGCGCGUACGACGCCGCCGCCGAGACGUUCGAGUCCUCGCACGACCUCUUCCGAUCCGCCUUCCCGCGCGGGUUCGCGUGGGAGGUGGUCAAGGUCUACUCCGGCCCGCCGGUGAUCGCCUUCAAGUUCCGGCACUGGGGCCACAUGGAGGGGGCCUACAAGGGACACGCACCCACCGGCGACAAGGUCGAGUUCUACGGCGUCGCCGUGCUCAAGGUGGACGAGCAGCUGCGGGCGGAGGACGUGGAGGUGUUCUACGACCCAGGGGAGCUCCUCGCGGGGCUUAUCAAGGGUCCCAAGGAGGGGGACGAGGAGGCGGCGCUCGCCGGGAGGCUCCGCGAGGCGGCUACGGUGUCGGCAUCAGGUGCCGACGCGCAGCCGCAGGCCUGCCCCUUCCUUGGUUCGGGAAAGCAGGGGUGAUCGAGUGGCCUCGUGAAAUAAAACGUGUCGUGUCUCCAGUCUUCAGGGUGUUGCUGUUGCAUCACUGUUUCGCAAUCAGAGAGAUCUUUAUCGUCAGCUUUGGAGACCAGCUGAAAGCUCAGUUCAACUUGUGAUUUAUACUGUUGAAGUGCUCGUUGUUUGGUUGGAAGGUGUUGGGUCCAGGGUCGGGAGUCGAUCGGGAUCAGUGAGAGCAGCUUGGUGAAAAGAUGGUUUCUGACGUGCUUCCCCAAAUGAUUGAUUUCUGCUUGAAUUGAAUUGUUUCUUGCAAAAAUGAAAUGUUGUUCCAUAUUUCCUUUUA